AUGCCUAGAAGAAGAAGGUCGCAGCUAUCUAAGAAUAGUUCCCAAGCGAGAUUAGUAAAAGUUCGUCGUAUUGGAGAGUCUUCUUCUGAAAAUGCAGAUCGUCUGGAAAUUAUGAGAGUGUACGCUUCCCAAUCGCGAGCCAGAGAAUUAAGCGUCGAACGUUCAAUUCGUCUUGCAGAACAAAAUGCAAGAUACGAACGACAGUCAAGUGCUGAGCGCUCUCAGCGACUUGAAGAAAAUAGAGCUAGGAACUCGCGAACGCGUGCACGGGAAUCUAGCACUGAACGCUCGCAGCGGCUUUUGACACAGCGAGAUAGACAACGGUCGUUAAGAGCUAGGACGCGCAAUAGAAUUUUAGCGCAUAGUAAUAGGUCGGCAUUUAGUUACGAUCCUCAAAUUGAAUAUGCUCAUCAAAACAGCAUCCAAAUCGGAGCAAUGAAUAAGAUGUGUGAGGAAGCGAAAGGUAUGUGCUGUGCAUCUGGAAAGGUUGUUUUCUCUAACAUUGAUGAGCCACCAGAACCAAUUAAAAGUGUUUUGACAAAUAAUCAUAUACUAUCCGCGCAUUUUUUGAAUAACGUACGUAGAUACAAUAGCCUUUUUCAAAUGACUUCCUUUGGGGCAAAAGAAAUUAAGGAGGGUCAUUUUAUGCCUACCUUUAAGGUGGAAGGACAAGUUUAUCAUCUCAUAGGUAGCCUUUUACCGCCAUCAGGACAAAUUCCCCAAUUUUUGCAGAUAUAUUUUAUUUCCGAUGCUGAUCAACUAUCAUUGCGAUCAAACACGGCUCCCAUGCUAAAACUAAAUUUCAUAAACGAAUUGCAGACCAUGUUGAAUAGCCACAAUGUUUACAUACGAAGUUUUAAACAUAGUAUUGAACUCAAUACCCCCGACAGUUUGAAAUUGAUCAUUUACUCUGAUCGCACACCCCAUACAGAACACAGAGGAAGAUAUAACGCCCCUUCAAUAAAUGAAGUGGCCGUUCUCUUGGUUGAUGAAGACAAAGGACCCAGGGAUAUAGUACUGCACGGUAGAGACGGACAACUAAAACGAGUGUCGGAAUUACAUCGAGCAUAUGAUCCGCUACAAUAUCCGUUGAUGUUUGCAUCAGGAGACGAUGGAUAUUAUUUAAUUAUUCCUCAGCAGAAUUCCUCAAGAAAUAAGACUGUGUCAUGUAUGCAAUAUUAUGCAUACCGUUUAAUGAUUAGGGCCAACUGUUUUAAUGCACUCCAUUAUUACAAAGAUUUGUUUAAUCAAUAUUGUGUGGAUAUGAUGGCGAAGAUGAUUUCCGAAAGGUUAAAUUUUGUUUACCGAAACCAACAAAAGCUUAGAGCGGAUGACUAUAUUCAUUUAAGGGAUGCUUUAAACCAAGACGCAAGGGUAAUUGCAGCUAAUAUCGGACAGCAUGUCAUCUUGCCGUCAUCAUUUACUGGGUCUCCAAGGUAUCUCCACGAAAAGACACAAGAUGCAAUGACAUACGUGCGCAAUUAUGGAAGGCCAGAUCUUUUCAUAACUUUCACCUGUAAUCCAGAUUGGCAAGAAAUAAAACAGGAACUUUUUCCCGGUCAACGGUCUUUCGACCGGCAUGACAUCAUAGCUCGAGUGUUUCACUUAAAAAUGAAGAAAAUGAUAAAAAUAUUAACAAAAGACGCGAUUUUUGGGCCGGUUAAAUGUUAUAUGCUUACUGUUGAGUGGCAAAAAAGAGGAUUGCCGCAUUGUCAUAUGUUGCUUUGGUUGAACUCAAAAGUAGAACCCGAUGAAAUUGAUAAAAUAAUAGUUGCCGAACUACCUAAUAAAGACGAAGACCCAGUAUUAUUUGAGAUAGUCACAAAGAAUAUGGUACAUGGACCAUGUGGACAAGAAAAUUUGACUUCUCCGUGCAUGAAAAAUGGGAUAUGUACAAAAAAAUAUCCACGACGUUUCGUGACUGAAACCCAGACCGGUGAGGAUGGGUAUCCCGUUUAUCGACGACGCGAUGUCGACAACGGAAGGCAGAUUGCUGCAUUGAAUGUCCGAGGGCGUACGGUUAAUAUAGACAACAGAUGGAUCGUUCCAUAUUCCCCAAUACUAUGUCGAUCUUUUAAUGCUCAUAUUAAUGUUGAAUAUUGUCAUUCCGUACAAGCCAUAAAAUACAUAUGUAAAUACAUUAACAAAGGAUCGGAUCAAGCAACUUUCAGUGUCAGAAAUGCUCACGAUGAAGUUGAAAAUUAUUUGAACGGCCGAAGGAAACGUGGCCAAGAAGUAGUUGGACAUCCCGGUAUAAAAAAAGAUGCGGCACUGGGAAGAGUAUACAGCGUUCAUCCUUCCCAGUCAGAUUGUUUUUAUCUCAGGAUACUGCUUCAUCAUGUACGUGGCCCAACAUCGUUCCAAGAUUUAAAAACCGUUGACGGAGUUGUUAAAGAAACUUACCAAGCCGCUUGCCGAGAAUGGGGUUUGCUAGAAGAUGAUAACCAAUGGGAAACUACUUUGAGAGAAGCUUCGAUUUCUCAAUGUCCGUUAAGGCUGAGAGAGUUGUUUGUGGUAAUAUUAUUAUUAUUUUGUUUUCCCUCGGAACCUCUCAAAUUAUGGGACACGUUUAAAGAUGAUUUGUGUGAAGACAUCAGACAUAUAGCCCAAGAACAAGGUUCCGAUUAUGAUGUAUAUAACAAAGGUUUGAUACAAAUCGAAAACAAACUUUUAGAAUUAAAUGACAAAAGUUUAAGAGACUUUGGAUUACCUUCUCCGAAUCGCUCACAAAAUGUAGUUGAUGCCAUACCGUGCCGUAUAUAUGAUGUUAACGAGUUGUCAGAAUUUGUCAAUUCAAAUGUACCCAAGUUAGUGGCAGAUCAAAAAAUAGCGUACGAUGCUAUAAUUGAAAGUGUGGAAAAUAACAGUGGUCAACUUUUUUUUUUGGACGUGCCCGGUGGCACGGGUAAAACCUUUCUUGCCAAUUUAGUAUUGUCAAAAGUACGAUUAUCCGGAAGAAAAGCACUGGCUGUGGCAUCGUCAGGAAUUGCUGCAACCCUAUUAUAUGAUGGGAAAACGGCUCACUCUACGUUUAAAUUACCGUUGACUGUUUCUUUAGAUCAACAGUCUGUAUGUUCAAUCCGUAAAAAUGGUCCACUGGGAAAGCUCUUACAGGACACGUCGCUGAUUAUUUGGGAUGAGUGCACCAUGAGCCAUAGAGCUCAUGUAGAAGCAGUGGACCGCACAUUAAAAGAUAUAAGAAACUCAUGCAAUAUGAUGGGUGGCGUAACUUUUGUUUUCGCUGGAGACUUUCGCCAAACUCUACCAGUUGUAACAAAAGGUACACGUGCCGACGUUAUUAAAGCGUGCCUUAAAUCAUCACCUUUGUGGCUAUCAAUUAAAACUCUCAAUUUGCGCACGAAUAUGAGAGCACAUUUAUGCAAUAACCGCGGUGGUAAUUUCUCAGAAAAUAUACUUAAAUUAGGAGACGGAAAAUUUACUACUCCAAUUGCAAACAGCUCCCAAGUACUUUUGGAUAUUGGAUUGGCCCAAACUGUUCACAGUCUAGAAAUUCUUAUAGACAAAAUCUAUCCCGACAUCAACAAUCUUACAGAUUCGGACUUCACAUCGUGA